GCGCAAUCAGCCGCAAGGGGCGGUUGUUCUCUUCUUCAGCUGGCGCCGGACCCAGACAGACUCGGACGCCGAGCGGAGCCUGCCAGCCGAGCGGAGCCUGCCAGCCGACCGUCGCCGACGUCUGCAGCCCGGCGCCACGGCAGCAUGAGUGCGUGCGGCCCGGCCCUCGGCUUCUUCCUGCUGCUGCUCUGCCCGGCGCAGGUAUUUUCACAGUCCUGUGUUUGGUAUGGAGAGUGUGGAAUUGCAUCUGGAGAUAAGAGGUACAAUUGCAGAUAUUCUGAGCCACCAAAGCCGUUGCCAGAGGAUGGCUAUGACCUGGUGCAGGAACUCUGUCCAGGGUUCUUCUUCGGCAACGUCAGUCUUUGCUGUGAUGUUCAGCAGCUUCGGACACUGAAAGACAACCUGCAGCUGCCUCUGCAGUUUCUGUCCAGAUGUCCGUCCUGUUUUUAUAACCUAGUGAACCUGUUUUGUGAGCUGACAUGUAGCCCUCGACAAAGUCAGUUUCUGAACGUUACAGCAACGGAAGAUUACGUUGACCCUGUUACAAACCAGACAAAAACAAACGUAAAAGAAUUACAGUACUAUGUUGGAGAGAGUUUUGCCAAUGCCAUGUACAAUGCCUGCAAGGACGUGGAGGCCCCCUCGAGUAACGAGAAAGCCCUGGGGCUGCUGUGCGGGAAGGAGGCCGAAGCCUGCAACGCCACCAACUGGAUCGAGUACAUGUUCAACAAGGACAACGGCCAGGCGCCUUUCACCAUCACGCCCAUCUUUUCAGAUCUUCCAGCCCAUGGGAUGGAGCCCAUGAACAAUGCCACCAAGGGCUGUGACGAGUCCGUGGAUGAGGUCAUGGGGCCCUGCAGCUGCCAGGACUGCUUGAUCGUCUGUGGGCCCAAGCCCCAGCCCCCAGCCCUUCCUGUUCCCUGGAGAAUCCUGGGUCUGGACGCCAUGUACGUCAUCAUGUGGAGCACCUACAUGGCAUUCCUGCUCGUGUUUUUUGGUGCAUUCUUUGCCGUGUGGUGCUACAGAAAACGGUAUUUUGUCUCCGAGUACACCCCCAUUGAUGGCAAUAUUGCUUUCUCUGUAAAUGCCAGUGACAAAGGGGGGCCGUCCUGCUGUGACUCUCUGGGUGCCACCUUCGAGGCCCAUCUACAGCGGCUCUUCUCACAGUGGGGCUCGUUCUGCGUCCGACACCCCGGCUGCAUCGUGUUCUUCUCCGUGGCCUUCAUCGCCGCCUGUUCUUCAGGCCUGGUGUUUGUGCAGGUCACGACAGACCCGGUGGACCUGUGGUCUGCGCCCGGCAGCCAGGCGCGCCAGGAGAAGGAGUACUUCGACACACACUUUGGACCUUUCUUCCGCACCGAGCAGCUUAUCAUCCAAGCCCCCCUCACACAGCCGCACACGUACAGUCCCGUCCCCUCUGGAGCCGAUGUGCCCUUUGGGCCUCCACUUGCCCUAGACAUUUUGCACCAGGUUCUUGACUUACAAACAACCAUCGAGAACAUUACUGCAUCUUCCAACAAUGAGACUGUGACGCUCCGGGACAUCUGCUUGGCCCCCCUCUCACCAUAUAACAAGCACUGCACCGUCCUGAGCGUGUUAAAUUACUUCCAGAACAGCCAUUCCGUGCUGGACCACAAAGUAGGAGACGACUUCUUUGUGUACGCGGAUUACCACACACACUUCCUGUACUGCGUUAGGGCUCCCGCCUCCCUGAAUGACACCAGUUUGCUCCACGAUCCUUGCCUGGGGACCUUUGGUGGACCAGUGUUCCCGUGGCUUGUGUUAGGAGGCUAUGAUGAUCAAAACUACAAUAACGCCACAGCCCUGGUGAUUACCUUUCCUGUCAAUAAUUACUGUAACGAUACAGAGAAGCUCCAGAGGGCCCAGGCCUGGGAAAAAGAGUUUAUUAAUUUUGUGAAAAACUACAAGAAUCCAAAUCUGACCAUUUCUUUUAAGGCUGAACGAAGUAUUGAAGAUGAACUAGAUCGUGAAAGUAACAGUGAUAUCUUCACUAUUCUAAUCAGCUAUGGCAUCAUGUUUUUAUAUAUUUCCAUAGCCUUGGGGCAUAUCAAAAGCUGUAGCAGGUUUCUGGUGGAUUCGAAAAUCUCCCUGGGCAUCGCGGGCAUCCUGAUCGUGCUGAGCUCAGUGGCGUGCUCCUUGGGCAUCUUCAGCUACGUUGGGAUCCCCUUCACCCUCAUUGUGAUAGAAGUCAUCCCGUUCCUGGUGCUGGCUGUGGGAGUGGACAACAUCUUCAUUCUGGUCCAGACCUACCAGAGAGAUGAACGUCUCCAAGGGGAGACGCUGGACCAGCAGGUGGGCCGGGUGCUGGGAGAAGUGGCUCCAAGUAUUUUCCUGUCGUCCUUUUCAGAGACGGUAGCAUUUUUCUUAGGAGGCCUGUCCGUGAUGCCAGCUGUGCACACCUUCUCCCUCUUUGCGGGGAUGGCGGUCCUCAUCGACUUCCUCCUCCAGAUUACCUGUUUUGUGAGUCUCUUGGGAUUAGACAUUAAGCGGCAAGAGAAGAACCGGCUGGACGUCCUCUGCUGUGUCGGGGACGCGGCAGACAGAGCAGGCAUCCAGGCCUCGGAGAGCUGCUUAUUUCACUUCUUCAGAAACGCCUAUGCUCCACUUCUGCUUAAGGACUGGAUGCGGCCCAUUGUGGUAGCGGUAUUUGUGGGUGUUCUGUCAUUCAGUAUCGCAGUCCUGAACAAAGUAGAAAUCGGCUUGGAUCAGUCUCUGUCAAUGCCAGAUGACUCCUACGUGACGGAUUAUUUCCAGUCCCUCAAUCGCUUCCUGCACGCGGGCCCGCCCGUGUACUUUGUCGUGGAGGGAGGGCACGACUACGCUUCUCUGAAAGGGCAGAACAUGGUGUGUGGGGGCCUGGGCUGCAACAACGACUCGCUGGUGCAGCAGAUCUUCACCGCCGCCCAGCUGGACAACUACACCCGGAUAGGCUUUGCUCCCUCGUCCUGGAUUGACGAUUAUUUUGACUGGGUCAAGCCACAGUCGUCUUGCUGUAGAGUCUACAACACCACGGAUCGGUUCUGCAAUGCGUCGGUGGUUGACCCUGCCUGCGUCCACUGCCGGCCUCUGACUCCAGAGGGCAAGCAGAGGCCUCAGGGCGCAGACUUCAUGAGGUUCCUGCCCAUGUUCCUCUCCGAUAACCCGAACCCCAAGUGUGGCAAAGGGGGACACGCCGCUUACAGCGCAGCAGUUAACAUCCUCGGCAACGGCACGGGCGUCGGAGCCACGUACUUCAUGACCUACCACACGGUACUCAAGACCUCCGCUGACUUCAUCGACGCCAUGGAAAAGGCCCGCCUCAUCGCCAGCAGAAUCACCAGAACCAUGGGCCUGGAAGGAAGUGAUCACCGUGUGUUCCCAUACAGUGUGUUCUACGUCUUCUACGAACAGUACCUGACCAUGAUUGACGACACUAUCUUUAACCUCGGCGUGUCCCUGGGCGCCAUCUUUUUGGUGACGGUGGUUCUCCUGGGCUGUGAACUGUGGUCGGCGGUGAUCAUGUGCAUCACCAUCGCUAUGAUCUUGGUCAACAUGUUCGGUGUCAUGUGGCUCUGGGGCAUCAGUUUGAAUGCGGUUUCUUUGGUCAACUUGGUUAUGAGCUGUGGCAUCUCCGUGGAGUUCUGCAGCCAUAUCACGAGAGCGUUCACGGUGAGCACGAAGGGAAGCCGCGUGGAACGGGCAGAAGAGGCGCUCUCCCACAUGGGCAGCUCUGUAUUCAGUGGAAUCACACUAACAAAAUUUGGAGGCAUUAUGGUUUUGGCCUUUGCCAAAUCUCAAAUUUUCCAGAUAUUUUACUUCAGGAUGUAUUUAGCUAUGGUCUUACUGGGAGCCACUCAUGGAUUAAUAUUCCUCCCUGUCUUGCUCAGUUACAUAGGACCAUCGAUAAGUGAAGCCAGAAGUCUGGCCGCUCAGGAGCGAUACAGAGGUACAGAGCGAGAGCAGCUUCUCAAUUUCUAGCUCUCUCACGGGCUUCAGAGACUCUGCAGGUCAGUUGGUCGGUUAACCACUGGACAGCAGCUGCAUUGUCAAGGCUCAGUUGAACCCUGAGUGCGAGCAGAUGUCAGGCUAUUUAACAGCAGCAGCUUCGGCCGUAGCGCUUUUAAACUCAGGAAUGCAGACUCUGCCUUGAAGGAGUAUUACUGAGCGUGGAGGCAGCCCCAAGACGCUGGAGCGCCUUCCGGUUCUCCAGGAACGAAGCCUGCUUCUCGGGCAGGCAGAAGGGGACGCUGGGAAGGCUGCUAUCUGCUCACUGACACUUUCUAAAGGCCAAUCAAUGCAAUGUUUCUCCUUUUGUAGGAGUAAGCCAUCACACAAGUUCUAUACCAUAUUUUUAGUAACAUUUGAGGAUGUCGUAGAUAUACUUUAUUAUAACAUCUUGUAGUUUAAAGAGCUUUAUUAACGCAAUAAAUUAACUUUGUACACAUUUUAUAUAUAUAUAAAAAAAAAACUAGCAAGUGACCUCAGAACGUCGUAGGCCUCAUUAGAGCUUGGUCUCCAAAAACCUGUUUGAAAAAAGCAACGUGUUCUUCACAGUGUUCUCCUAUAAAGGAAAAUACAGAUUUAAUCCGUUAGACAAGGCACGAAAGGAGGAAAACGAGAAUGAACACUUUGCAGCUCCUAGAUGUGGAUACUGGGUUUUAACUUAUUUUUCUUUCAUAAAAUACUUUGUUUUCCUAA